CCCUUGUCCACAUUCAGACAACAUCAAUGGCAUCAAAUUCCCAGAAGACAUGGUGUUCUGAUGUUCAUCCACACCACAACACCAGCAGCACGUCAUCAGAGGAUAAGAAUAUAACGAGCGGUGCCUGCACCAACGAUCAUCAUCUAAGUAGAGACGGUUCGCCAACCAUUUAAAUAUCUACAGAUUAAGAAUCAGAAUAUGAUGCUGACAAAACAUAUGUUGAGCUACAAAUAUGCCACUUUUUAUAAUGUGAACACUGAAAACAAGUGUUCGAUGUAAUGUCAGACAGAGGGCAUCAAUCCUAGUUAGAAUCAUUUUUUUUCUAUAUAAACAGCAAUUCUUAGCCAAACCAACAGUAGGCUAGUGUUUGUUCUGUCGUCUACCUUAAUGGGUGCAGGGUUGUCACAAGAUCAGGAGUUGGAGCCAAAUGGCGAAGAGUCGAGCAAGAACAGGAAACAGAGCAAGCAGGGUGAAGCCAAAGCAAAUCAGAGUAGCAAACGAGUUUCGUUACCUCAUAACUGUGGAGAUAUUCUGAAGCAUGCUGAUUCACCAGUUGACAUAUCCGCGACAACCAACCAGGAAGUGCUUUAUGCGGGCGUUUUCUUGAACCAGAAGAGGAAGAAGUACUGGGUUGACAAGCAGUCGAACUGCAACUGCUUCAUGAUUUUUGCACAAAGUCUUUCGAUAACUUGGGCGGAGGACCAAAGAUUCUGGCAUUGGCCCUUGUUGAAAGAAUCAAGCGAUGAGAAUCUUGCAGUUGCUGAACUACUCGAUGUUUGCUGGCUAGAGGUGCAUGGGAGGUUUGAGGUAGCAAACCUUUCACCAGGACGACUGUACGAAAUUGUAUUCGUUGUGAUGCUGAAGGAUCCUGCUUAUGGAUGGGAAGAUCCUGUGAAUCUGAGACUCACUUUACCCGACGGAACUAGGCAAGAGCGUAAAGAAAACUUGAUGGAGAAGCCAAGAGGGAGAUGGAUAGACAUCCCAGUGGGAGAAUUUAAAAGCUCCACUGAGAAGACUGGAGAGAUGGAGUUCUCUUUAUAUGAAUACGAGGGUGGGAAAUGGAAGAGAGGACUAUUAAUUAAAGGAGUGAAGAUCCACCCAAAAGCUUGAGUUCAGAACAUCGGGCUCUCACCGAACAUAUAAUCUUUACUUCCAUAUAACAAUUAUGUAUAAGCUUCUGCUUUAGUUGGACCAGUGAAAGAGUGGACUAAUAAUUUCAUAUUCUUCAGACUCACAUAAUCUGAAGGAGCAAAUUCUAGUUGUCCUCAUUCAUGUGUGUUCAAGGAGCAAGGUAGGUUGUUUAUUUUCGGUUUGUUUGUCUUGUGUUUAAACAAAUUUGGCACCUAUUACAGCAUUGAGCUUAAA